AUGGCCAUGGAUCAACCCGAGGAGAAUUCCAAGCUCACCACAGAGGAGUUCAUUGAGCUGAUGAAAGACCACGGCAUCUCAUUUGAAGGACGUAUCCAACCAGAAAAAUGGGGAGAGUAUACCGCGAUCUUCGAAGAAAUACGUCGCAUCGGCAAGAUGGGAUCCAAAGAAUUUACCGACAUGUUCCACCCCCAGGACAAAUAUGCAGUCGACAAAGCAUAUAAAGCUGUGGAGCUGAGUGAAAAGGCGUGGAAUUGCUUGGAAAGCAGAGACAGCGAACAAGGAUGGAGAAAGGAGGUUGAAUACAGGGCUUUUGAAUGUUUCGAUUCGGAAGUCAUAUGUCGCAUUUGCAGGAAGCGCCCUUGGAAACCCAUGUUCGAGGCGAAGCCAGCUGACCCAGCUGAUGUGGAGAGGCUUCAAAGAAGACGGCAAAAAAGGGUCUUAUGUGGAUGUACUCGCCUGGAGCAGACACAAACAAAAGUGAAUGACCAAUAUUCUCGGCUGUUUUACAGAGAACUCGAUAAACACAUUGACCACGAGGACAUGACAGAUUCCGUGAAGAGGCGGUUGAAAGGACAAAGACCGGAUAGAGUGAUCGGUCUUCGGCCGACUGGUACUUUGCGGCAUCAUCUCCCGUCUCUGCAGGCCAAGUACUGCCCGUUCAAAAAGGCCAACGUCGUCUUUCCAUUUAUAGUGAUCGAAGCAAAAGCCGCCGAGAACACUGCCGCCAGUUUCCCAAGUAUGCUCCGACAGACGGCUUUCGUCAUUCGGACAUGUCUGCGCUUGCAGCAGAAUCUCCGACGAGAGACUAGAAUGCCGCAUCAGUGCCUAGUUUGGUCAUUCUUGAUCAUGGGGGAAGAGUGGCGCCUCUACGCUGCUGUGCCAGAUGGAUCUGAUGUGCAAAUCUUUGACCUUUGGCAUGGAACAGUUCUCUUCCCCGAAGGUGCCCUUCAACUGCUGUUGAUAAUUGAGCAUCUCUGUGACUGGGCAUGUGAAGUUUAUCGGAUGAGUGUACUUACCUGCUUGGCCGGUGGCAGGGAUAAUCUCCUCAGUUCCAGACUCAGCCCAAGUGGCACUGAUAUGUCCUCGCAGCAUGGCGAUACGGAGCUCACAGCAUUGCGGGCAAUAUCUCUCCCUUCGAGAUCGUCCCUCAUGAGGGAGCUCCCGAACGGUGACAUAGCCGGAUUACCGAAGGAUAAUUCCCCCGGUCCUCUAGAGUUCGACCCAUUGCUUCAGAUUGACUCUAUCGCUUCGCCACAUGGACAAGAUUCCCAUCACUGGCGGCGAUGGGUCACGAAUGAGCAAGAUCUCAGCUUCUGGACCGGAAAAGCUACCAUCCGGCACUCAAAUCAAGUGCAGCUGAGUUUCGUGCAAGUGGCGAUGCCCACUGAAGUCCUUCUCCUCAAUGCCUGCUUGGCCUCCUGCUUCCCAUAUCUAAGGCCCAAGGAAGCUGCAAGGAGGCUCUUGGUCUCCCUGCAGGAUGAUGAUUUGGCGGUGACGGCUUCCAUGGAAGCCACGUCCCGGCAAGGAUACCAAUUCCACAACUCCACACUCGACGUCCGAGCUUUGAUAUACUUUCGAUCAGCAUUAAACCCUGAAGACUGGGGAAUUGCCCGGCACGUGCUAGCCAUCUUGUGUGACCAGGAAGCGUUGAGAGCGCUGGCUGAGAUUGCAGAGCUUAAUCCUCACAUCCACCCAACCUCAGAGAGAUGUGAUCGCCCUGACUGUGAGCGGUUCAAGCAGGCGAUCGACUGGGUAAAAGCUGUGGGGGGAACGAAGUCGGCAGGACUGGCCCUGGCACGGCGCCAGCUCUGCUUAAGAUCCGUCAGUGACAAAGACGGGUCGUUCAUGAAGCUUGAGUGGACAAAAUUCUGUCCGCAGAGUGAUGAUGGACUUUCAGGAGAAGAUCUUCUGGGAAUAAUGUCACAUAUCUCUGAGAGUCCAGAAGCGGCUGUACCAGCACUCUUGGCACCAUACAUCAAGAAACACCGGUGCACAUACACCGUUCAAGUUGGCAGUGAUCAAGGACCGACGCCAACGGUGCUCGAGAUACCGAACCUUCUAACAUCCGGUGCUUUGAUCAAGAAGCCGACAACUGGUUGGCCCGAAACAACGCAGGACUUUUGCUUCUUGGUCACGAAUGAGACCGUCCGCUUUGACGACGUGGCCCAGCUUGGGCAUCUCCUGGAAGAAUCGAGAAGAGCAAAAGAACUGUACGUGAUUGUCAGAAAGAAAGCCACGUACAACCAGAGAGACUUUGCGCUCAUCGAUUGGUGGAUCCGAGUUUUGAAGAACGAGUUGCCUUACGACGCAACUUUCGAAUAA